AUGUCUUUACUGGAACAGUUAAAGAAUGACAAUGGAGUUUCAGGAGGAAAGAUGAAACCUAGUGGAAAAAGUAGUGAUGACACCAAGAGGAAAGAUACUCCUGAUGACCCUGUCAGCAUUCGGCGUAGAGAAAGAGUGAAAGAAGCUAUGCUUCAUGCAUGGAGUUCAUAUGAAAAAUAUGCAUGGGGUCAUGAUGAACUUCAGCCACAGUCAAAGACUGGUGUUGAUAGCUUUGGUGGUCUUGGAGCAACUCUAAUAGACUCACUUGAUACCUUAUAUAUUAUGGGUCUCAAAGAGCAGUUCCAAAGAGCUAGAGAGUGGGUUGCAAACUCAUUGGAUUUCAACAAGAAUUAUGACGCUAGUGUUUUUGAGACAAACAUAAGAGUUGUGGGUGGACUUCUUAGUGCAUAUGAUCUCUCCGGGGACAAAAUUUUCCUUGAAAAAGCAAAGGACAUUGCUGAUAGAUUGCUACCUGCAUGGGAUACACCUUCUGGCAUUCCAUAUAACAUUAUUAACUUGGCUCACGGAAAUCCACAUAAUCCUGGAUGGACUGGGGGUGAUUCAAUCCUGGCAGAUUCUGGCACAGAGCAACUGGAAUUUAUAGUUCUUUCUCAAAGAACUGGAGAUCCAAAAUAUCAGGAGAAGGUGGAGAAUGUAAUUUUGCAGAUCAAUAAAACCUUUCCUGAUGAUGGUUUACUUCCUAUCUAUAUCAAUCCAAAUAGAGGGACAUCAUCUUACUCAACCAUAACAUUUGGAGCCAUGGGGGACAGUUUUUAUGAAUAUUUGCUCAAAGUUUGGAUACAGGGAAAUAAGACUGAAGCUGUAAAGCCUUACAGAGAAAUGUGGGAGAAGUCUAUGAAAGGUCUAUUAAGCUUGGUUAGGAGAACGACACCAUCAUCUUUUGCAUACGUUUGUGAGAAGAUAGGGAGUUCACUUACUGAUAAGAUGGAUGAAUUAGCUUGCUUUGCUCCAGGAAUGAUUGCCUUAGGGGCAUCAGGUUAUGGUCCCGAUGAAUCUCAGAAGUUUCUCUCACUUGCAGAAGAGGAGAUGAGUGUGGGUACAUCAUGGAAUAUAUUGAGGCCAGAGACUGUCGAGUCACUCUUUUACCUCUGGAGAUUGACUGGGAAUAAAACUUAUCAAGAAUGGGGCUGGAACAUAUUUGAAGCAUUUGAAAAGAAUUCUCGUAUAGAGUCAGGAUAUGUUGGAUUGAAGGAUGUCAAUACAGGCGUCAAAGACAAUAUGAUGCAGAGCUUCUUUCUUGCUGAGACACUCAAAUAUUUCUAUCUUCUAUAUGCACCAUCUUCAGUAAUCCCACUGGAUGAGUGGGUUUUCAACACAGAAGCUCACCCGCUAAGAAUUGUGAGCAGACAAGAUCAGGAAGGGAAUUUGGGAAGAUCAGAUGAACACAGGAAACCAAUUGUUAGGUCACGUGCUAGAAAACAAGGUCGAUUUGGUGAUGAUUAG